UCAAAGAUAAAUGGUUUUUCUUCCUGACAAUGUAUAGAUGAUAUGUCAUUCCAGGUACAUCAUGAUAUGAACGCUCCCAUGUCACAUUAUUUCAUGUACACAGGACACAAUUCCUACCUAACUGGGAAUCAACUAACCAGCGAGAGCAGUGAUGAGCCAAUUAUUGAAGCUUUGCACCAAGGUGUACGAGUAAUUGAACUAGAUUUAUGGACAUCUUCAUCUCAAGAUGGUAUUAAAGUUGUUGGUGGAAGGACACUUACCACUCCAGUCUCCCUAACCAAAUGUUUGGAGUCCAUUAAGGAAUAUGCAUUUGUCAAAUCAGAUUUUCCAGUGAUUCUAACUCUAGAAGACCAUCUAACAUCAAAACUUCAGGCUAAAUUUACACAAAUGGCAACUCAAAUAUUUGAAGAAAUGCUUUAUUAUCCUCAGAUAGAUUAUUUGACUGAAUUCCCCUCUCCUGAAUCAUUGAAAAAUAGGAUAAUUAUAUCAACCAAACCACCAAAGGAAUAUUUACAAUCUGAGAUAUCAAAUGGAAGUGAAUCUUCAGAUGAAGAACCAAGUGAACAAGAAUUGUCAGAUUCUAUGGCUAAACUAAAAAGUGAAGACAAGAAUGUAAGUGAUGAAGAUAAGGAAGAUACGAAUGCAUGUGAUAACUGUUCCGGGUAA